GAAAGUCCUGAAAGUUUAAUCUGAGGGAGGGAGCAGAAAACUUAGCCUUUAUUUCGCCUUUUAUCUGCCUGCGUUGAGAAGCGCUAAGGCGGCUUAGAUGGUACUCCGUAUUUAUUUAGCACACAAAGAAGAGGAGGAGGGGAGUGAUAGAGAUCCGAAAUGGAAGAGAAUGAUGAAAUGGACUCACUGUUUGAGGGGAUGGUCCUGUUCGAUCCUUCUGAAAUGGUGUCUGGAGAUCCGGAUAUCGACGACGUCGGGAUUGGACAUCUAGACCGCCGGGGCUCAGACAUAGCUGCCGCUGUUAAUAUCGGAGCAGCUCAACCGGCUGUCCCACCUAUUCAAGUUCCGGCCGAAUCAAAUCAUAUUCAGCCGCUCGAUGAGAACCUGUUCUCUGAUCUUACACUUGUCACUCCCCCAAGAUCCCCAGAACUAGAGGAUUUCAAGUCCCCACCCGAUCCAUCUUCAAACUCGGCACUUUCUCGCCAGAAUUCUACUACCCGGAAGAAGAAGAGAGCUGGUUUAAGAAUUGGAUAUGGUAGGAAUAGAUAUUAUGACUCCGGUUCAGUCCUAACCACUUCUCCUCCCGGCGAUCAUUCAAAGGAGGGGAAGGAAAAAGGGCAUGAAGAAGAACUAGAAGAAGUAGACAGUUAUGCUGCUCAAGAAGGUGAACAGCACGACUCCACCAUGAUCUCUGCCGCUCACGAAUGCGAUUCUCAAAAAACACCUCAAAGCAUUCAUUCUAAUGAUGACGCAGUUUCCCAUAAGGCGGCUAGCCUGAGUUCGUGUGGAGUUGGUGAAGAUGUAACAUCUGAGCAAUUAAAUUGUAACAAGAGUCAUAACCCACUUGAGUUCAGAUUUGAACAACUUAAGAUCCUCAUUUCUAGUAAGCUUAAAAUGGCCAGUGAGACUGUAGCUUCCAUAUCUUCAGAGAAGAAGGAAUCGAUUAGGAAAAGGAGAAAAGCUGCCCGGAAUGUAACUCAAGCAUAUGCCGAGUAUAAAGAGCUAGAGAAGAAGCUGGAUGAAGCCUGUGAGGCUGAAGACUUUGAUAAAGCUGAAAGAGUUAGUGAGAGUUUAGCUUUGGCUGAGAAGGAAAAAGAACGGCUGACAGUUGAUCUCAGAGAUGCUGAAGCCCAGUGCAGUGCUGUUGACUCUAAGAUGCAGGAGGCUCUUGACUCGCUAAUUCAUGUUGAGGAAGAAUGCGCCUCUAUGUUGCAGAGCUUUGCAUUGGAUGCCAUAUGUGAUGCAGAAUUGGAUGUAACAACUGCAGAAGGAUUGUCAUCCAAACAGAUGCAGGAGUGGGAGUUGUCCGCUGAAGCAAGAGAGGUCCAAAAGAUGGAAUUGGAGAUUGAAGCUGAAUUGGUGCUUGAGGCGCAAAAGGUUCUGAAGGAUUCCAUAGAGCAAUAUGUUGAGGAUGACCGAAGACAGAGAAAUAUUCUUUGCAAGAAAAAAGAAGUGUUAAUGGAGGAGCUGAAACAACUGCUUGCUUUAGUGAAAGCGAAGGAAGAAGAAAUAGCAGAAAAUGAUUCUCUCAUUGAAAAAGUUGACAGAAGGAUUGACUAUGUGAUGUCUAGCUCUCAAGAAGCCCAAACUCGUAUUAAUGAAAAAUAUCAGAAUCUGCAAUCUGGACUGUCUGAACUUCUCUUAGAAAAUGAAUCUCUAUUGGUGAAGCAGAAAGAGAUUGAUUAUUCUGUUUCCCUGGAGGAAUCUAGGAAAGCAAAGAUAAGGGAUCUCUCUAGAAUUUCAGCAGAUGAAGCAAACAUGUUUACAGAAGUUGUUGGGUUACGUCAGAGUCUGGCUCAGUUUGUUUUGAAAUCCAAGGAGGAUAGAGUUAGGCUUUCUACAAAUGAGGAUGAACAUGCAAUCCAAAUCCAAAUGCUCCAACAGCAAAUUUCUGCUGCAAGAACAUCACUUCAGGAACUAUCAUCAUCAAAGUCAAAGAUCCAGCAAGAUAUUGAUUCCUCAAAGCAGAGGUUUCUUUUUAUAGACAAGAGAGUUCCAGAGCUCGAGGCAGAGAAAAAGGUGGCUGCUGCUGCAAGAAAUUUCAAGGAAGCAGCACGCCUGUCAACAGAGGCGAAGGAAUUGUGUAUGGAAAAGGAUGGAAUACAAACCAAAUUGGAAGGUGCAGAAUCAGAGGUCAAGAAAGUUGAAGAAGAGAUUUGCCUUAUCGUUGAGAGACUGCAAGAAACUGAAGAGCAAGUUUCAGAAAAGGAGAGAGAAUUGGCUAUGGCUAGAUUCCAGAGGCUAAUUUUAGUUGACAGAGCUUGCAGAGAAGAGAGAUCACUUGCUUUAGAGUUGGGUGACCUUGAAGAGGCAGAUGCUUUGCUGGAGGAGGCUGAAGCAGCAGUUUCUGAAGCAAGAAAACUUCAACCGAUAUAUGGUUUUCAAGAAGAAGAGUUAACUACCCUACCUAAACAUUUCAUAUCAGCUGAACUUGUCUCCAAGCUUCAAGGCAGGCAACUGGCUGAACUUGCAGCAUCUGUUAAUAUUUUGGCAUCAUGAUGACCAAACCUUCAUCUUUCCUCUUUUGGGGCAAUGUUCGGGCGGUUUUGUAUGGAGAAAAGGAGUGUUGGGUGGUGAAUUCCAGUUGUAACAUUUUUGAAGGAUAGGCUGGUGUCGGUACUACAAAUGAGCUACGGAGGAGGUCGAAAGGAGUGAACAUAGUUUGAUUUGAGCGCCUUUGGUGUUUGGAGUUUUACUCGAUGUCUCUUGGUCCAAGUGGAGCCCUAUAUUCAUUUUAAAGCAUCCAAGUUCAAAUCCUUGGAUGAUAGGAGCUUCUGGAACUUGUGAUGGUGAGGGUCUACCUUGUAUUUUGAAUUGGGAUUUACGUUAUAUUAGAGUUUGGUCAUUCGCAUUUAUUUAUUUCAGAGAAAAUUAUUAUUGUAGAGUUUGCCUAUUCAUCUACCAUUGAAUACUGAUAGGACUCCGGCUAUUAUAAAUAAGAAUAGAUAUGGUUUAGUCUAUUCUAGAAAGAAGAAGUAGUUUAUCUGUUUGGCAGGCGGGUAGUGGUUAUGAACUAGUAACUACUUUUAAUAAGGAGUGGGGGGCUAUAAAUAGAAUAAACCAGUUAGCAGUUAGGCAGUCUGUUAGAUGCUUGGCUUGGGACUGGGAAGUUAGAGUCUUAUCUCUAGCUUUGGGACUAUUGUAUUGUAUACCGCCAUUAAUGAAGUUUGUGGAUUGUUUCCUGUUCGUAUUGUAUAUUGUGGAUUGCGAACGGUUCUUAUCAUUGGUAUCAGAGCGUGUUUGAUCGCUGGAUGACCGUGACGCGCGCAAAGAUGGAAAUCAGAUUGACGGAAAUAGAAAGGAGCCAACGGGAGAUGCAAGCUAGCUUGGAGAGAAAUUUGAGGGAGAUGCAGUCAAAUUUCACUACCGCUUUGGCCACGAUGCAAGUUAAUCUAGCGGAAAUGCAGAACAGAAACUCGGAUAGAUCACGAAGUCGUUCGUACCAUUCGAACUCUUCGCGUCGAUCAUCACAGAGGAAACACACGAAGCGUGAUGAUAGUUCGGAAGGUUCUGAAACACAUUCCGAUCACUCUGGCUCGUAUCAGGAUCGCGAGCGCCAUAAUCAACAUCGAAAUCCUAAUAAAGCUGGAAGGAAAAUCGAUUUACCGAUUUUCAACGGAGAGGAUGCCUUUGGUUGGUUGAUGAGGAUGGAUCGUUACUUCAGGUUGAAUCAGACUGAUGAACGUAACAAAAUUGACCUGGCAGUUCUGGCAAUGGAGGACCAGGCACUUAGCUGGUUCCAAUGGUGGGAAGGUCAGACUCGCCAUAUGAAUUGGGAGACAUUUACAAAGGAUUUGACUACACGCUUUCAACCAGAGCUGGUACAAGAUCCGUUAGGACCGUUGUUCAGCUUAAAGCAAAGAGGAACUAUGAAAGAGUACAGAGAUAAGUUUGAAACCGCCAUAGCUUCCCAGGGACAUCUAACCGAGGAGGUUCUGAAAGGUGUGUUUCUUAAGGGACUGAGAAGAGAUAUCAGGGCUGAGCUGAAGUUGUAUACUACAAGAACCUUAGCUGAACUCAUGGGCCAGGCUUCUCUUAUUGAGAACAAAAAUAAUGAAGCAAUGUUGAUGAAGAACAGAGAGGAAGGGAAGAAAAAGGGGCUAAGUAAGAACAAUGGCUCAAAUUCUCAAGCUAUUUGGGGAGAGGGAAGCAGAUGGAAAAGUAUUCCGAACAGUAACCCUAACCUGCCAAAGAGUCAAUCAGAUUACAGAAGCAAUACUGACAUUAAGGCACCUAAUAUGAGUAAAUCAGGUCCCAGGUUAUCCAGGAGUGACUUGCAGGAAAGAAGUAGGAGAGGUUUGUGUUUCAAAUGUGGAGAGGACUGGGGCAAGGGUCAUAUCUGUAAAAUGAAGAACUGUAAGAUGAUUCUAGUGGAGCAUUCUGAAGGGGAAGAUGAAUCUGAAGGAGAAUUAAUGGAAGGGGGAGAAGAGGAAGAUACUCACAAAUAACUUAAAACAAUGCAACUUUCUGUUUUAAGUAAGGAGGGUAUUCCAUCCAUGAAAACAUUCAAGGUGCAAGGUGUGUUGAGCUGGGAUGAUGGGAAACAAACUGUGAACAUUCUGAUUGACAGUGGGGCAACACACAAUUUCAUAGCGCAGGGUUUCAUUGACAGAUGGGGAGUACCUUUUAUGCCUAUACAAGGAGUGAAAGUGCAGAUUGGCAAUGGGGAUCUCAUACAUAAUAAUGGCAGAUGUGAUGGAAUGAAGCUGGAAGUGCAAGGAAAUACCAUACAUCAAUCAUACUAUAUACUGGAAUUGGGGGGGCACAUAUAUUGUUUUGGGUAUGGCAUGGUUGACUGAGUUGGGAGACAUGGAAGUGAACUUUCAGAAACAAGUAAUAAGAUGGAAACAACAAGAUAGGAUAAAUUGUAUCCAAGGGGAAGCUGCACUGAAUAAUUGGGAGGUUCCAAUGAAGACUAUGCUUCAGAUUCUGCAGAAAGAAGGGGAUGGAUAUUUUCUUUAUUAUGGAGGGCAGUUGUAUGGUUUGGAACAGAAUACUAAGGAAGCCAAGGUUUGGAAGGACAUCAUUGCUGAAUUUCCAGAGGUGUUUACUGAUCAGUUGAAAUUUCCUCCUACUAGAGACUGUGAUCAUGCCAUAAACAUCCAAGAAGGAGCUAGUAUACCAAAUCUGAGGCCCUACAUGUACACUUUUGAUCAGAAAAAUGAGAUAGAGAAAGUAAUUGGUGAAAUGUUAAAAACAGGUAUCAUUAAGCACAACAACAAUCCCUGCAACAGUCCUAUCUUAUUGGCUAGAAAAAAAGAUGGUGGUUGGCGAUUUUGUGGUGAUUAUAGAGCCCUGAAUAAGAUCACUAUACCUGAUAAGUUUCCCAUACCAGUUAUAGAAGAAUUACUAGAUGAAUUGGGAGGAGCAGUGGUUUUUUCUAAACUAGAUCUGAAGUCAGGUUACCACCAAAUCAGAAUGAAGGAGAGUGAUACCUGUAAGACUGCUUUCAGAACACAUGAAGGUCAUUACGAGUACCUAGUCAUGCCAUUUGGGUUGACUAAUGCACCUUCCACUUUUCAGGCUCUAAUGAAUGAGGUUUUGAGACCUUUUCUCAGGAAAUUUGCAUUAGAAUUCUUUGAUGAUAUACUGGUUUACAGAAAAACCAAGGAGGAUCAUAAAGAACACCUCGAAUUAGUCCUGGAAGCUUUAAAGAAGAAUGAUUUAGUAGCCAAUCAAAAGAAAUGUUCCUUUGGUCAGGAGCAACUGAGUUAUUUGGGUCAUAUUAUUUCUGCAGAGGGGGUGGCAGCUGACCCUAGUAAAACUAAAGCCAUGGUAGAAUGGGGUGUACCAAAAGAUUUAAAGGAUUUAAGGGGGUUUUUGGGUCUUACUACAGGAGGUUUGUCAAGGGCUAUAGUCACAUUGCUGCUCCAUUAACACAAUUGUUGAAGAAGGAUGGGUUUAAAUGGAGUGAUAUGGCUACAAAAGCUUUUGUGCAAUAGAAGAAUGCUAUGUCUUCUUUACCAGUGUUGAGAAUCCCUGACUUCAAUAAAGUUUUUGUAGUAGAAACUGAUGCAUCUGGAACGGGGUUAGGGGCAGUACUUAUGCAAGAUGGGGGUCCCAUUGCAUUGUUUAGCAAGGAAUUAGCACCUAAACAUUUGAGUAAAUCUGUUUAUGAAAAAGAGUUGAUGGCAAUUGUGUUUGCAAUCCAAAAAUGGAGGCCCUACUUACUGGGCAGGAAAUUUGAGGUUCACACUGAUCAAAGAAGUCUCAAAUACUUGACUGAGCAAAGAAUCAUGGGAGAGGAUCAACAAAAGUGGAUUGCCAAGCUUAUGGGAUACAAUUUUAUCAUUAAAUAUAAACCUGGAUGUGAGAAUAAAGCUGCAGAUGCUCUGUCAAGGAAAUCAAAUUUGUCAGCCUUAUCAAUUGUAAAUUGCCAGGAAUGGGAAGGAUUAGAAGAUGAACGGUUGGAAGAUCCAAAGUGUGCUGAUACUAUUCAGAAGAUUCUAAGUCAUCCGGAUGAAAUGGUGGAUUUCAGAUUGAAGAAAGGGUUGUUAUACUACAAGGGAAGGCUGAUGAUACCCCAAAAUUCCCCUAGAGUGACAAGGAUUCUUCUGGAAUAUCAUGAUUCUGCAACAGGAGGACAUUCUGGCAAUUUCAGAACUAUGAAGAGGAUCUCCACACUGUUCUACUGGGUUGGUAUGAGGAAGCAGAUUCAGCAAUAUGUGCAGAAUUGUGAGGUUUGUCAAAGAAACAAGUAUCAAGCUUUGAAACCUGCGGGGUUGUUACAACCGUUACCUAUUCCAGAUUGCAUUUGGACAGAUAUAAGCAUGGAUUUUAAUGGUGGAUUGCCAAAAGCUCAAGGGAAAGACACUAUCCUGGUUGUGGUUGACAGACUAACCAAAUUUGCACAUUUUAUAGCUUUGUCUCAUCCCUUUAAUGCUAAAGGAGUUGCUGAAAUCUUUGUCAAAGAAAUAGUUAGACUCCAUGGAUUUCCAAAAGGGAAAAGGGCCAAAAUGGACACUGAGGUUUUUAAUGAAGAGCGUAUUGGACAUUAAGGUUUUUUUGAGAUCAAAUAAACAUCAAAUUAAACUUUUCAGACCUCAUCGCCCACCCCCUAACAUUUCCCGUUAACAUCUUCUCUUCCCCGUUAUCACCCUGCGAUUACAAUCUCCCUAAUUGAAAUUUCUAACCCUAACUCACUUCCAUGGCUAAUAAGUGUGAGAUUGUGCGAGUGAGUUGAGAAGAUUAGAAGGUGUUCAACUGCACGACCAAGGUUACAAUACGUACGACUAAUCUGAGGUAAUCUUUGAGUGUUGUUUUAGUUUGUUACAAUGAAUGGGUUGGUUAAUCUCAGAUUUAACCAUAGCGGGAGGUGGGUUAUGAAACCAAAGUUACAGUAUGUGAAUGGGGAUGCUGAUACAGUUUAUGGGUUUGACCCUGAUUAUAUGUGUUAUCAUGACAUUUCAAGAAAAUACAAGGAUGACUUGGGGUUUAAAACACUGAAAAAUAUAUAUGUUUUAGAACCUGGAAAGGAUUUGGACAAUGGACUUUUCUUAGUUCAGGAUGAUGACACUAUAAGGAAAGUGUUAAAUCGUAUAAGGAGAUUUUCUUGGAUUGAUACUAUAGAGUUAUAUGCUGACCAUCAACUGGACGAACCCAUUUUGAUUCCCCUGAUAGAAGGUUCAUUUUCUGAAAUUGGUAACCAUGACAUUGGUGAUGAGAAUGAUGGUGGGGUGGGUGAUGAGUCUGCCAAUACAGAUUGGAGAGACCAAAGUGAUGAAGUGAAUACAAGUGGUGUCCCAAAUGGGUAUGUUACAGAUGAAGAAUCAAAUAGAGGCUCAGAAGAUGAAGAGAGCAACAAUUCUGAUCCAUCCUCUGAUAAUGAUGGUACAAUCAAUUACAAUGCAACAGAUGGGUCGGAUUGUUUUAUGAAUGGAAUGACCUUUGCAGAUGCUGAAGAGGCUAGGACUGCAAUUGCUAAUUAUGGUGUGAAAUAUGGUUACAAGCUGAAAAUCAAACCAAAUGAGAAGAAUAGACUGGUUGUUAAAUGUUUGAAUGAGGAAGGCUGCCCAUUUAGAUUAUGGAUUUCUCAAGAUGGGAAGAACUAUGGGUUGGCAGUGAAGAUUUGUAACACUGAGCACAAGUGUUUCCGACACUAUUCUAUUCCUAGUGCUACUCAAAAGUGGCUUGCAAAUUACUUUAAAGGGCACCUGGAGAGAAAUCCUAGCUUUCGAGUUGCUGACAUGAAAGAGGAGGCAGAGAAGAAGUUGAAGAUAAAUGUUAGCUUGUAUAAAUGUAAAAGGGCUAAAAGGUUGAUUAUUCAAGAAAUGGAUGGUAGUUAUAAGGCUGAGUUUGGGUACCUAGAAGCAUAUGCUGCCACAUUAAAGAGGAGUAAUCCAGGUUCAAAAGCUGAAAUUGAACUCUGCAGUGAAGCAUUGAAAGAAGGGAGGAGAGUAUUCAAGAGAAUGUUUGUAUGCUUUGCUGCUUUGAGGUAGAACUGGCUGGCUGGCUGUAGAAGAAUCAUUGGUGUGGAUGGUUGCUUUCUAAAGGGUGUUUGUAAGGGUAAUCUGCUGAGUGCAGUGGGGUUGGAUGGAAAUGGGCAGAUGGUCCCUAUAGCAUGGGCUGUCAUUGAUAAAGAGAAUAAGUCUAAUUGGAGGUGGUUUUUGAGUUGGCUUGUUCAGGAGCUACACCUGAAUACUGGUGGUGAGUUAACACUUAUUUCUGAUAUGCAAAAGGGGCUGAUUAGUGCUGCUCAAGAGGUCAUUCCAGAUGCAGAGCAUAGGUUCUGUGCCCGACAUGUGUAUGCUAAUUGGUCAAAAAAAUGGAGAGGCAAUGAGUUUUGCAAAAAGUUUUGGAUAUGUUCCUGGAGCACAUAUGAAGAAGAGCUGCAGCUGAAUCUUAAAAAGCUUGGAAAAUUGAGCACUGAAGCUGCUUCUGACCUUUUGAAGUAUCCAGUUCAAACUUGGUGUAGAGCAUACUUUAGUAAUAGGUGUUCAUGUUGGAUGGUUGAUAAUAACAUCACAGAGUCCUUCAAUUCAUGGAUCCGGGAAGCUAGGUCAAAACCUAUUGUAACCAUGCUGGAAGAUAUACGAUUGAAGGCAAUGAAAAGAAUUUCAGAGUUCAAGACAAAUCAUGAUAAGUGGAUAAACGAUUGGUCUCCCUUAUGCAUGGAGUACUAUCAAGACAAUAAGGAGGCUGCUAGUGGUUGCAAUGUUAUAUUUAAUGGGGAUGUGGGGUUUGAGAUUGGAGAGGGGACAGAUAAGCACACAGUUGUGUUGGAUAAGAUGGUCUGCACUUGUAGAGCAUGGGAACUGACUGGAAUACCAUGCUUACAUGCCAUAUGUGCUUUCUAUUAUAGGAAGGUAGAUCCUAUCACCUACAUUUCAAGAUGGUAUCAUAAGGAGACUUAUAUGGCAGCAUAUGCAAAUGCUUUGCAACCGGUACCUGGAAAAGCUUUCAUGAAGGUUGAUGAUUAUGAACCCAUUUUACCUCCCCCUCACCUGGCAGACCAAAGAAGAACAGGGUUAGAUCAUCUACUGAGGUCAAAGGAUCUGGAAGUGCUUCUACAUCUGCCAGUGCUACACCUCAGACAUCAUCAAGAAAAGGGAGACUACAAACUUGUGGGAUAUGCCAUAAGGAGGGCCAUAAGAGAGCUACAUGUUCUAAUAAAGAUAAAGAUGCAAGUGUUCAAGGAGCAGAAGGGAAUGGACCUAUACCUGUGAAGAGACCUGCUAGUGUUGCUUUUUCAGCAAUUCCUACCACUACAGAAUCAACUCCACCAACAAAUCCACACACUAAUGCUAAAAGGAGUACGGGUAAGUCUAAAGUGACAUGUAGAAGAAUAGGAAGGAAGAUAAGUAAACAAUCUGUAACAGGCUUUGGGUGCCAUGUGGAUGUGAACACUGGGGAGAAGACUUUAAAUCCUGGGAUGAGCAGUGAGGAAAUAGUUUCAGAUUUCCAGCCUGAAAUGCCACAUGACCCUGAUGUUACAGUCAGAUUUGCAAUCCCAAAUGAAAAAGAUAUAAGAGGAGCUGCCCGGGCUGAGAAGCAGUUGGAUGUCCCAACAUAUAGAACAAUACCUUUCAAGGGUGAUGGUACAGAGGUGCAUAAUCCAACAAACCUACCUUUUCAACCACUUGGUUUGCAAUGGAAUGGGAAUGCAGCAAUCAGCUCUAAGCAGUUGUUACAGAAGAUGCAGAUCAGGAGGUCGGGUUCCAUUCCAAAGUGAUGAAUGAAGACUCUUAUGUUUCAUUAGAACACUUUUGGAUGCAAAUAUGGAUGAAUGAAGACUCAUAUGUUUCAUUAGAACACUUUUGGGCACUUUGUAUUUAUUAGCUUAUUAGUUUUUUGGCAAUGUAGUCGUUUGAAGACUCACUGGAAGUUUAGAUGUUUUGUAUGAAGUUUUAGUACUUCUGGCAAUCUAAGGAACUGACUGCAAUUAUGGGGUGCUAAAUUAGGGCUUAUAAUGCUUUUUUUGUAUUUUGUAACCUCAUUAACAAUCAAUAUUAUGAUCCCUAAUGAUGUGAAGUUAUGAUAUAACAUCUUUUUUUGUUUAUAUAUGUUGUUUAUUCAACCAGACCAUAACAACACUACAAUAACCAAAGUGUUACAAGGUCAACACUGUUUACAGCAACAUUUUUUCAAACUGUUUACAAGGUCAUAACCAAACCAUUUUACAAGAAACUGAAACUAACAUACUAACACACAUAAUACUACAAUAAGGACACAUAACAACACUACAAUAACAUAAUUAUUCUUCAUUUUAGUUUUGCUUUCCAAUUCCAGAUGGGCUGCAUCAUUCAUACUGUUGACUUCUUCAAGUUCACUCUCCAACUUUUGAGCAACACUAUCACAUUCCAAUUCAAACAUUGCAGAUUGGAGCCUCCUAUUCUCCCGUUUCAGCUCAUUGAUAACAUGCCUUGCUCUGUCCGUUAAUGGCUCAUCAUGCCAUUCAAAGAAGCCACAUCCAUCCUUCUGAGUAUACACAAGAGUAUGAAUAUCAAUAUGAAUAUAAAUAAAUUAUACAUAUUCAUGAUCUUCUCCAGUUCUCAUAUGUGAAAAGAACAAUUAAAAGCAUACCUCAUAAUUAGGACAUCCAUGAAAUCUUCUCCCUGGAUUCUUGUCAGUCCAUGAAGUCCAAAGUGGCGCCUUGACGCGAGUUCCAUUUGCAUUCAUGCAUCUGCAAAACCUAGAACGCCCAGAAUACGGUCGCUCAUAGAUGCUUCGAAGCUUCACUGAAUCACCGGACUCAGAUUUCCGUGCCUCAGACGACCUCGAUGCUGAAGGACUAGCCGACAUCACUGCUUUCUUCUUCAUAAUCUGUCUCAGAUUGUAUUUAUUAGGUAUAUAUCAAUUAGGUCUAAUCGCAGGGUGAUAACGGGGAAGAGAAGAUGUUAACGGGAAAUGUUAGGGGGUGGGCGAUGAGGUCUGAAAAGUUUAAUUUGAUGUUUAUUUGAUCUCAAAAAAACCUUAAUGUCCAAUACGCUCUUCAUUAAAAACCUCAGUGUCCAUUUUGGCCCUUUUCCCUUUCCAAAAUCCAUAGUGAGUGAUAGAGACAGCAUUUUCUUGAGUUCCUUUUGGUCUGAGUUAUUCAAACUGGCUGGCACACAGUUGAGAUACAGUACUGCGUAUCACCCUCAAUCAGAUGGCCAAACGGAGGUGGUGAAUAGGUGUUUAGAAACCUAUCUGAGAUGUAUCACAGGGAAGAAACCUAAGGAAUGGAACAGGUGGUUACCUUGGGCAGAGUAUUGGUACAAUACUAAUUACCAUAUUUCCUUAAAACAAACCCCUUACCAGGCCUUAUAUGGGCAAGAACCUCAACCAAUUAUAAAAGGGGAUGUGGUUAUGACUGCUAAUGAUGAAGUGGCAAGACUGACAGCUGAGAGGAAUGGAAUGUUAGCUGAAAUCAAAGAAAAUUUAGCUAGUGCCCAGAAUAAGAUGAAGCAGCAAGCAGACAAACAUAGGAGGGAAAUGAAGUUGGAGGUGGGUGAAAAAGUUUUCCUGAAGAUUCAGCCCUAUAAGCUGCAGAGUUUGGCUAAGAGAAUCAAUCAGAAAUUGAGUCCAAGGUUUUAUGGACCUUUUGAGAUCAUUGAGAAAGUGAAUGUUGUAGCUUUUAAAUUGAAAUUGCCAGAUGAUUGCCUGAUCCAUCCAGUAUUCCAUAUUUCUUUGCUGAAAAAGGUUCUAGCUUCCAAUACUUGCUGUCAACCAUUGCCUAAAUGUUUGAGUGAAAACUAGGAAUUGUUGGUGAAGCCAGAGAAGGUGAUGGAUACCAGGGAGGGAACGGAUGGUAGAGUUGAAGUUUUGAUACAUUGGGAAGAUCUGCCAGAAUUUGAAAGGUCUUGGGAAGAUGUUCAUGUGUUGAAGACACAGUUUCCAGACUUCAAGCUUGAGGACAAACUUGUUUCUUUGGGGGGGAGUAUUGAUAGGACUCCGGCUAUUAUAAAUAAGAAUAGAUAUGGUUUAGUCUAUUCUAGAAAGAAGAAGUAGUUUAUCUGUUUGGCAGGCGGGUAGUGGUUAUGAACUAGUAACUACUUUUAAUAAGGAGUGGGGGGCUAUAAAUAGAAUAAACCAGUUAGCAGUUAGGCAGUCUGUUAGAUGCUUGGCUUGGGACUGGGAAGUUAGAGUCUUAUCUCUAGCUUUGGGACUAUUGUAUUGUAU